CUCUCUCUCUCUCUCUCUCUCUCUCUCUCUCUCUCUCUCUCUCUCUCUCUCUUUCUCUCUCACGGUGGCGUUGUAGCAUAUAUCGUGAAUUUUGCAGGAAUUGAAUAACGUCGAGGAAUUGAUGCGUCAACGAUUUUACAUUCGUGAGAAAAACUGCGUUCAGGAAACACAAUAGUUGAAUGAACGCUUAGUGCCAUUUUCUUUUAGAUUUACCGUGGAUCCAAAAGAAUAUCAAAGGCGAUAAUCGCUCAACAGUUGCACAACCGUAAUAUUUUUUAAACGCACUCAAAAUUACAGAAUUUUCUAAUGAACUCUCGCGUGUACUCUCGUUGUAUCCGAUUUCCCGCGGAGAGAAAAGGUCGAUUGGAAUAAUUGUGUAAUUGUGGAAUAAUUAUAAAGGAAGCGUUUGCGCGAAGAGAUCGCGUAUCACACCACAGAUACGCGAAGACUUGGUUGGAAAAAUUGGUAGAAAGCCGAGGAGAGAAAGCAGGAUCGACGAAGAGGAAGAGCCCACGACGCGCUGUUUUCGCGUCCGCGGAUGUAAAAAUAAGACAUUGCCGAAGUGGAUCUCGUCCCCACACGUUUUCGUAGAUCCGAAAGUGUACUAUCGGCUGCUUUCUGACGCGCAAGAAAGUCGCGCGUGAUCGAUCUUAAUUUAGAAUUCCCUCUCACGUACUUCGCGUACGCGAUCGAUGAUCCAUUCUGGGGAGCGUUUGCUCGCGUCGCCGACACAGGGCUGUUACCUUUCGCGAAGAAAUCCGCGAUCGCCAUCGGCCAUCGCUUGCGUUUUGACAUCGAUGUUGAGAUCGAGGUGGCGCGUUUUUCGCCGGAUUUAUAAAUACGCGUGUCAUGGAAUAUGGAACGCGGAGCUGCAUUUGACGUAACAACACCGCGGGCAGGUGCGCGCUUGCCGGAGGUAGAAAAAGGGAGCCGAUUGCACACGCGUAAACUCAUUGCGACGAUGUCGCAGUGUCAAUAGCGUGAGUCGCGGUGCGAUCCAAGUGGAAGCACGCAGACGCGCGAUCACUAACUCGCAAAUUUCGUUGAAUUCCGUUCAGUCGAGGUAUCUUUUCGCUUCGCUUGGCUUCGACCAAGGAGGUUCUCUUGACAACGGAGAAUCUUCUCGAGAAGCGCGACAUCAUGGCGACCUUUUUCGCAUAAACUCGUGUGAAUUUAAAGAUCUCUCGAAUAAAUCGUAAAGAAUCGGAAGCUCGUAUGUUCCAAGAGAACUUGGAAAAUUCCAAAUCUGAUUCGAAGGCUCUUCCUUGAGUGGUCUCCGCGAGAUAGAAUAGAGCUUUCCAAGCAAUAAGAGAUUUUGUAGGAAAACUAAAGAAAUGCUCCUUUUUACGACGAUUUUCGAUCUUUCUAUCGUCCGAGUUUGAGAAGCUUAAAUUCGCGACAUUGGCAAAGUCAUUGAAAUCGAGUCUAUUAUCCCUCGCGAAUCGUUUUCGCCCUUUUCGCCCUCUCCGAUUUAUCCUCCAGUAUACUAACAUUCGAAAGGACAAAGAAAGAGAGAGAGAGAAAGAGAUAGAUAAAGAGUCGCUCACAGAUAAGAAGAAGAGGAACGCUACAGGCAACGCAGCAGGUAGAUAGUUGUGAAAGUGCGGUGGUUCUUCCAACACGCAUGCCUGAAACUCGUUGACGCCGUCGCGGUUGUCGUCGUCGUCGUCGUCGUCGUCGUCGUCGCCGUCGCGCCUUCGUAUCGACGAGUCGCUCGCUACAGCCGAAACGAGCUUCUUCGCGUGUGCCGACGACGAGGAUGCGCAAGAGGACGGAAGGACAACAACAAAGAGAAAAAACGCAAGAGCGACGAAAGCAGAGGAGGCCGAGGCGUGUCGGAUCACCUGAUUCGCGUUACUUAUGAAGAGAACGGUCUACGUGACCGGGUCGACAACACCACGUGUCUCUCUGUGACGCCGUCGCUGUCGUCGCGCUUGGCGACGCGCCCGUGCGUCCGCGACCACCUGCGACGGUGCUCGGUUAGCGUCGGCCAGCGUCGGGAUCGGGGGAUAAUUAAAGCGCCGGAAGCGGAGGGAGGGAAGAUCGCGACGGUGGUUCUUGCCAGGAGGAAGACGUCAUUCGCGACUUCGGGUUGCGUUGCGACAAAAACGUAGCAUGGUCGUCAGAGCAAAGUGGAACACGCUCGGAGGUAGAGGUGUAGGUAGGCGACCUGAGGAGGACCUCGUGAUAAGAGAGCGAGGUCGCGAGAGGUUGAGGUAGAAGUGCCUCCUCAGCGAACAGGAAACAACGUCGCUUGCUCGGGACCGCGGGAAGUGCGUGCGGUUCCGCCGCGGGAGGACGUCGUCGUCGGCUGUGGUCCCGUCAUUUUUCGUCAUCCUCACGUGACAACACAGGCAAGAAGAAGUGUGCGCGUUUGCGGCGGAUUGCGGUGAUAUCGCGUAUCCGCGAGCGCAUGUCACCAGCGCGAAUCACGCUCGCGGAUGAAUAUCCGCGCGGAAGACAGAGACGGCAGUGAUUUAUUUCGGCACGCUGCACUUUCGGAGGCAGAAGAGAGCAGCGGGAGAGGAAGCGAGAGGGAGGGGAAACGGACGGCUCUCGCGUGGCGAGAAAAAGAGAGGUCGCGGGAUAGAGCGUGAGUGAGCCCGCUGCUUGCGUCAGUGGAGUACGCCGCGAGGAAACAGCCGCGUUGUUAGUCGCGGAGCGAAUCGCCUCUCUCGACCGCAAAAGUCCACGCAGGGCAGAAGAGACGAGAAACAGACGGAAAUUGCGGAUGGAAUUCCAGUGUGGACGGACGCGUGCGUCCUCCGUGUGCACGCGUGCAUCAGUGCGCUCCAACGGGACGAAGCAGAAGAGCGCGUUUCGAUUUCGAAGGUGCGCCUGGAGGAGCUGAGUGAAGGACUCGUCGAGCCAGCCGAUCCUGACGCUAUACGCGUCUGCUGGAGCUCUAGCGGUGAAGCGAUCGAAGAAAAGACUCCGCGGAACUCGAUUCACGCUAUGACGCGUGAAGGAAGAAAUGCGGACCACAGGAUAACGACGAGGUACUCGACGAUCGCGAGAGUGCACCUUUAUCCGCCGAUUUAACACUAUCAUAUUGAGUAUACACGCGCAAAAUUGUCGUAGAAGACUCUUCUGGCCAGGUGUGACGGCAGACUUCUCGCAGAGAGGUUCGUCGCGGAGAGGAGGAGAGAUUCCACAGACGGUCUCUUGAAUUUACGCUACUACGCAAACAGUGGAAUAAUCCACGCGGCUGUAAAGGUGAAGAAAUUGGCGGCGAUAAGCGCCAGUACUAUCUAAUCACGGAAUCGCUCGCGUCGUGUACACAACGCGAUUCGUUUUAAUCGGCAUGGCGCGUGUAACGUUCCGAGUUUCGCUCCGUUCGCGCUGAUCGACAUGGUGUCAAUCUGGAUACAAGCGGUGGAUCAUCCGGUUACAGUCCGAUCGAGGAACCUUCAGCCCGAUCUUUUCUCCGAUCGUCUCUGUGGUCCGGAAGAAUCGAAGGACGAUGCACUGGUGUUGAUGCGCGAAGCGCGCGCCAAAGUCGUACCACGAGAGAAACGCAGACAACCUUUGCCCUUUAAUCGUUUUCGCCGACCGGAAGCAGAUCAAUGAUUAUGCUGUGACGUAUUCAUAAUAAUCAAAGCAGUAGUAGACUUCAUGACUGAUGAUACGACUCCAAGUCGGUGGUGAUCGCACGAUCGACGUUCGUUUCCGCGCGACAGAAGGGUGAAACUCGAACCGAGUGAGAGAAGAGUCUACUCUAUUGAGUUGACGAGUUGUUCUUCUUAUUAUCGACACGAUAACGUUCCAGUUAAUUGGACUCGAUCGAUCUCACAGGAUCCGAAAGAGAAGACAACUGCGAUCGAGCUCGACAACGAUCUCGUUGAUUUGUACGGACUAUUAUCGAGUCGACCUCGUCGAGGUCGACGGAACGUUGUCCAGUGUCGAGUCAAAGGUUUCUCCGGUCUCAGAAGUGUCGUCGACACAUUCGGCAUCGCGAAUACACCACCGCGAACAGAAACAACCAGCAGAGUGCGAACGUUUGUGGACGGGCGUGCGAUAAUUUCGCACGAACUCGCGACUAGUCAUCGAUCGACCGCCAGACGCCGUGCGCCGCGACGCCCUCUCCUUGCCUUGCUGCUUGCUGGUUGCGUCCCCACCUGUCUGUCCUCCCAGUCGUGUCAGACAUUUACGUAUCACGUCGGAAACACACGCCUGGCGUUCUCUCCUCUUGCCCCUUUCUUACUCACUCAUUCCCUUCUCUUUUUCUAUCCUUGUUCCCAUCUCUCUUUAUCUCUGUUUCCUCAUCUUCCUCUGUCUCUCUUCGCAUCUUUCUCCCCGGAUCAUCCACCGCAGGGGCCUCCACCGCAGAUCCUAUUCCUUUGGCGUGCGAGUCGCGCCCGCGCGACGUGACAGUUCGCAGAUAGAGUCCUGCUGUGCGGGUGAAGGAAAAAAAUCACUUUUUCCCACGUCAUCAUCAUCAUCAUCAUCGUUGUCGUCGUUGACUAGUCCGUCCAUCCGUGCCAACGUGAGCGUCGUAGAUGUCAUAGGUGUCACACACAGGUGACGGUACCAACAGCCACGCGUCGUCGUGGCGUCUAUCGCGACGGGCAGCCCCCGAAGAUGUGUUGCGGCGUGUUUCAACGUGUGCGCAAAAAAUGAGUGACUGAGUUUAACGUAACAAAUCACAUUGUUGUUCGCGAAAUAUCGCUCUAGUGAGUGCUACGUGUUCAUCGCCGGAACGGUGAUUCUCUGGGCGACGAUACGCAACGACGAUAAACAAUCCCGGCGGACGAUACGCCGAGACACGAGGGUGUGCGUGUCCGAGGGAUCAGACAGAAUUUCAUUCGGAUACCGCGGAUUAGUCCGCGUCUGAUAGGCUACGCCGAAGAACGAAGAAUUUUGUUCUCGCAGAUGCGAGGGAUUAUUUCGGAGCGAGAAAGUUGGCUGGAAGAACAGAUAAAUCCCUCUAUCCGGUCGGCGAUACGUCCAUGCGCGCGCCCGAUGUCGAUUGGGUAUACACGACGCGUACACAGCCAGGAGAGACAACACAUACGUACUCUUUUUUUUUUUUUCAUCAGAAGAGUCGCUCGACCGAGCGCGUCUUUUAAUCACACCUAGACAGUCCAAAGACAGUCUGGUCGAAUAACUCGAGCUUCAGAGGUAAGGCUCGCGAAAAGUAGAAGACGAACGACGAAGCGAUGUUCUGCUUCCAAAGCCCGUUCACGAGAGCAUCGCGCGGCGUCGGCUCGACCGCGUCGUUGUCAACGAGCAAAGCAAAGUCAUCGCUGGUCAGCGCCAUCCUGUCACCGACCAACAAGACGUCCAACAACUCGACCGAGUGCAACAGACGAGGCUCUGAGGCGACCAGCGAGGGUUCCAACUCCUCCAUCAGAUACAUCGACCAGGCUUCGAUGUCAGGAGGUAGCAGCACGGAUACUCUGCCGGGUAUCCGUGCCGAUUACCUGGACCCUGAACCAUUAUCACCCGGCACGGUAGCGGAUGCUCUCACCUCACCGAGCGGCAUCACAGUUGUCCUAAACGAGAACAACGAGCGGCAGAUUCUAUCUCAGAAGAAGACUCAGCAAGAGCACGUUGCUCCGCGCUGCCAGUCGUUGCCAUCGCCGACGAACAAGUCCAACGGCAACUGUUCCACCGGUAGUAGAUGGCGGCGGAAGCUUCUGCUGCGCCUUCGCUCCAACGACUCCUACAACUCGAACAACGGCGAGGCCUGUUCCUCUUCGACGUCGCCAUCGCCCGCGAGCGAAUCCACAGCGGAUUCGUCGGGCUCCUCGAGGAACCCGACGCGUACCGAUGAGGGCACGACGCAAGGCAACGUCACGGCGACGACUGUCUCGUCGCCGUCGGUGCAGAUCGACGUGACGGAAAGCCCGCGAAACGAUACGGUCGCUGUUUCGAUCGGCGACAUACCGUCUCUAGAAAACGGCUUCAGCGAGCCCGAGGAGGACGAAGAGGAUGUCUGUAAUCCGGAGACGGAGACAGAGGAGGGCUCUUCCUUGCCAUCCAGCCCAGCUGCAGCUUCCACCGUCGGUCUGGCCUCUUCCACCGUUCCUUACUACGACUUUCUGUCGGUGAGCGGCGGCGCGAUGCGCCAGGAGACCACCAGCACCAGCUCGCCGCAGUUAUCGUCGGGUGCGAGUAUGCGCGACUCCAGCGUGGAGUCGCCACCCGCCGAUACCUGCAGCUCCUACGGCGAGGAUAGCAGCCCGGGUAUCGACUCGUUGAAGCCCGAGGGCUUGGACACGUCCGGCUGUCUGCCGGUUGCGAGGUCCUGCCCGAACCUGGAGAGACAGAGCGCCGGUUGCUCGUCGGCUAGCGGCUCGUCCAGUCCGAGUCCGAGUCCCGGUCCAGCGGGGCCCAGGUUCAAGCCGCUCGAGGAGGGUGACAUACAAGUGUGCUACCUGAAUCACACCAAGACCCUCGUGAGAAAGAUCUUGUCGAGCAAGUUUCUCAGACGCUGGGAGACGCAUCAUCUCUACCUCAACGACGCCUGCCUGUCCUCCAAGACGCUCACGGGUUUCUUUCAGCAACCCGUGCCGUACAGCAGCAUGUCGGAGGUGCGAAAGUACGUUGUCGCCAGAUGGGACCCCGCGUACAAGAACUGCCUCAGCAUCGUCCUGCCAGAUGGUUCGCUUCUUCUGCAAGCCAGCAACGCUUAUACGAGGGACCAGUGGUAUCACUCGAUAUUAUGGAAAAAGAGCAUCUUCAAGUACCAACACCUAGUGUCUAUGAGCACGCGAGAAGAGGUGAUAUUACGCGAAUUGCGCACCAUGGUGGACUUUGCUCUGUGGACGCCGCUUCAGGACGAGAGGGUGGCAGGCGCCCCGUUGGAGGCGGUCGCCAAAUUGCUGGAAGAACCCGCCGUGGAAUCUGAUUCGGACGGCAAAACCGAGGAGAUUGUCCGCGAUCGCAGAAACUGGGCGGAAGCCGUGUUGUCCGUGGUGGCUCCUCUUCUGGAAAAGGCCGCGCCGCCGCCAGCACUCGCGCGAGCACUCGCCAGACUGGCGCAGCAGCAUCCGCGUUCACAACUCGUGCCCGCACUCAGUCCGGCGAUCACGAGAUGCUUGAAGCACACCGUUGACUUUGGCAAAUCGCCGGAUAUGAGGAAGUUGCUGCAGGUUUUCGUCGCUGCUUUAUACGAAAACAAUGAUGGCGAACAGGCGAUCAGAGACUACAUUUCGUCGGUUCACGGGCCAGGUAGCGAUUGUCCGCAUCCGAGAGUGCUUCCUAAUCUGGUGUCCAUAUGUGUUGCAGCUAUAUUCCAUAGAUUCGAGGUGUCGAGUCGCGUAUCGUCGAACGAGGACAGAUCGCCGUUGCUGCCGCCGUUACAGUGUUAUCUACUCGUUCUGAAUGUUGCAUCGGAGUAUGCCGACUGGCGUCCGGGUCUUGGUGCCCUGUUGCAGCCUGUUCCAUUUCCGGAAGAGGCUUUGGCCAUGAAGGAAGUGCAAGAGUCCGUGUUGAUGUGCGCGAUGCAACGAUUGGCGAAAGACCCGAGAUGUACGGUUCAUCGUGUGCUGCUGCCCGUCAGGGAACCGCGUCCAGGCUGGAUCCACAUCGCCGCACCGUCCAGCCCAGCCUGUCCGGAUCGCGGAGAGCUGUUCGGCGAGAUGCUGACAACCCUGCUGGCGUGUUGUUGCCGACGAAAGAGAUUUAUCGCGUCGCUGCUGAAACAAGCGGGCGACGAUUGCAUCUUGCUAGCGGUGCGAGGCUGCGACGCUGCGCAGGAGGCGCUCUGCUUGAUGCUCGAGUGGCGUUUGUUGGCGAACGAGGAGGCGAGGCUCCAGAUAGUCAACGCACUCGAGUCCACGGAGUCUGGAAAGGAGCGUUAUGCCGCACUCUGCCAGAGGCAGAAAAAUUUGCAAGAGCUGCAACAAAAGGGUGGACCGCGCAAGUUGACGCUACCAGUACGAGCAACCGACGCCGACGUUGCCCUUCUGCUGGGCGGUCGUGCCCUCGGUAACCUGGAGUGCCUCAGUUUGGCAUUUACUUCCGUGACGUCCGCGUGCGCGGAGCAGCUGAUAAAGUUACCGGCGCUGAGGUACUUGAACCUGUGGGCCACUCAAUUCGGCGACGCCGGCCUACAGAUGAUCAGUGAGCACCUGCAGAAGCUGCAGGUCUUGAAUCUCUGCGAGACGCCCGUGUCCGACAAAGGCAUCUCCACAUUGGCCUCAUUAACCAGCCUAAGAAAAUUGAAUCUGAACAGCACGAAGCUGUCGGCGCAGACGUUCGAGUCGCUGAAGAAGCGAUUGCCGGCUCUGCAGGAAUUCGACGUUCGAUACACGGAGGCCUGGUGACCCGAGGUUACGUCCAGCACCUCGCCCAUCGACAGCGUCGAUCGCGAUGCGAAAAUGAAGAAACAACGCUAAGGUGCUUGGUCGUUUGGACGAAAAUCCGAGAAAAGUCGUCGAUACGAAGCGACGCUAUAUCAUCCGUAUCAUCGAUAUAAUCGAUAGAAUCGACAGAAUAUCGAACGUCGAACGCGACAAAAUUCGAUCUUUCUAAUCGGCGACCUAACGAAGUAUAAUCGCCGAAGCAAUCCUUCUUCGGUUUUCCAAGAAGACGAGCAAACCAAGUCCUUUGCUACAAUACUGACCAGAAUGAGUGAAGAGGUUUCGUCGAGUCUUCGCAUAUAGCUUACACUUCUUCCGGUUUAAUCGACGAUUCGUUCUUCCCGUAAGGCAAUAAAGCACACGCGAUGAAUCGACGAUUACCGGUCGAGCCGCGUUCGCGUUAAUGCAUCUUCCAUUUCCACUAGAUAUUAUUCGAUCGACGUUCGAUGAACAGUUUCUCUUCGCGUCAGGCUAUCGAUCGUGCAGUUUUUCCCUAGAAGCGUGAAAUAUUUCAAGAGCUCCACAUCGUUCGGAAGGUCACACGAUCGCUGAUGAUCGUGAAGUUUGCGCGAAACUUCUCAUUCUCUACGAAAAAUCACGCUAGUUGAGAAAGAUACACAAUCGAUAACCAGCUGAUGCGUUCGGUGAUGUUCUCUUGCGAAGAAUAUCGAUUUAUACGCGUCUCUUCCACGUCGUCGCCGUCGUCGUCGGCGAGGGGAGUCGCGUUUCUCGAGGACAUUCCAGGGUCGCAAAUUCGUAGUUCAGUUUCCUUGUAAGAUUCAAACAAACGAUUGUCGAGCGACAGACGGUUUCGUCGUUUGCAUAGAAUGUGAGUCCGCUCGUAACGCAGACAGACGCGUGUUCUCCGAGUGCGAGACGAGCACGUGAUCGUGGAAGAGACGAUCUUGUAGAGUCGACAAGCUGUCUGAGUACCGUUCGGACAAGACAAAGGAAACAUUUGUGCGAGUAGACGCAGUAGACGAUUCACAAUAACGCGCUUGCCUCAAGCGGCAGCGGCGACGACGACGACGACGACGACGACAACGACAACGACGACGACGACGACGACGACGAGGACAACGUCUUUUUUUUAUCGAAAUGGAAAUCCGCGUUACGUUAUAUCUCACACGACCGAGGGUCGGUCAUCGUCGAGCUGUUAACUUUAUAGUUACGUUUUUCAGUAGAAUCUUCUUCAUCAUCUAACCAUAGUUUUAGGCGAGCGAAUUGUCUCAUCCAGUUUUUGGACGGUGGAGCGCUAAAAGCGCAAUGCACUUUUACCCGAUCUUCAGCCUUUUUUAUACUCGUGUACGUUAUUUUCCAACAAUAUUACUUUUCGGUAGCGAGUAGAGGUGCGAAUCCACCACUACCCUUGCUGCCGAUGGAGAUUACAAACACCCACGUAUCGCCGUUCAAUUUCGAUCAAUUGAACACGCGCGUGUUAUCAUUUGUUGAACGAUCGAGUCGUUUGAAUUUUUAACGAGUCGCAAAAAAGAUUCUCCCUCUUUCUCUCUAUCGAUGGAGCGCGAGACAUCAAUGAAGAGAAAAAUAUAGACGCUAUCGCUGGCGAAUAAUUUCACGCAAUGAUAUUGUCGCAUCAUCAAAGAGCGGUGGUGUUAUCGUGUUGAAUAAGUUAGUUUGUAGUCGGGCAGGUCGAGGAACGGUUCGCCGAAUCAUCGUUCACUGGAGUCGACUCCGGUCGUGAAUCCUUGAUAGAUAGAAAAGAAAAGAUGACGAUUAUAACGAUAAUGCUUAUUCGACCGAGACGAAGACUGUUCCCGACCGAGUGUCAUAUAUGCUUAGUUUACAUCGAAUGAUUGAAACUAAAUAGUAACUUUCUAAUAAAUAAUCUCAAUGUCGACAAUAUAUGUAUUAUAUAACGGUGUAUUAUAGUAUAAUACUCAUCAAGAAGAUGUAUCGAUUGAAAACAUCGUCGUUGACAUGCAUUGUCAAUAUUAAAAUUAUUUAAUAGAAGGUUAUUAUUUUCUAUAAAAUGUUCAAAAUAUAUCUCAGAGACAUCUUAGAAAUAUGUGAUAUCACACAUCUUUGGAACGUUUUUAGACUGUAUUUUCGGCAUUUUUGUUGUAUAAGUUAAUAUCAAACGUCCGAUGUAAACGAGGCAAUAGAGCGCUCAGCUGGACCGCAGCCCAGCCAAUCGAUCCGCGAAGUGUCCUUUCUCGCGAAGGACAUGUAUUCCCGAUUUUUUCCCCUCUUUUUUUCCGUUCGAGGCGUGCCCAACUGCCUUAAUCAGUGAGUUUUGAGCGAUCCACUGCCACAACGCGCGCAUUGCGUCGCGUCGCGUCAGCGAACGCAUUUUACUUUAGAAGAUAGAGCGAAAGUUCUCGAGACCCGCGUCUCUCACCGUAAUCGACAGGAGGUGACGUUUUACGUCGUCAAAAGCGAAGUUUCGAGUCUGCGGUGGACGCGCGGAGUCGCACUCGUGCAUUUCCCUAAUGUAUAUAGAUAGAUAAGUGAGACUCCGUCUCUCCACCCUUCUCUCCCUUCCUCCCUCCCUCCCCCUCUUUCUCUCUCAUAUUUCCUCUCUCGAAAUUACUGCGUAGAUUUUAAUAAUUUAUUCUAGCUAGAACGUCGUAAUUUAUAUAUAAAACAAUAUAAUAUACUACACAUGUAUGUCGCGCACGAUUUAACUCGUAUUAGCGUGAACACGCGUUUAGCGGAUAGUCCGAUAUCUCGAGUUUAGAGCGCGGGCAAGAGAGUGAGGAGAGAUGAGAGGGAUGCCCUUCCAACGAAGGGUCGGCAGGAUUCAGCUGGCACAGGGCCUGCCACGGCAACCGAUUAGUUUCGUAAUUUCGUCUCGAUUAUCGUAAAAGCCGCAAGGGAACAAGCAUUGUAAGAAGACUGUUAACGUCAAUUUCGAUAAGGAUCAUUAACUUAAAAGGUUACUCGUUAAAUUCGUCAGCGUGUUCUGUGAGCGAAACAUAAAUAAAUUCGAAUUUAAUACCUCAC